AUGGAACUCAAAAUCAAUAUUGACGGAUUGGAACGUAGUGUUUCUGGAGUGACGGAGAGUACGACUUGUUCUCAGAUCAUCUACGCACUGGCACACGCCACCAGCCAGCGAGGACGAUUCGUGAUGGUGGAGAAGUAUCGCAAUGUGGUAGGUUCUCAAGCAUUUCCCUCGUUUUAAACAUCAAUGCUUGACGAGACUUGGCUUCCGAAAGUGAAAAACGCAAGACGGUUUUCUGUUUUGUUGCUGUGGAAGGUCAAAGCUUUUUGAAAACGCGCACUUAACAUAAGAUGUCGAUUUUACGGGUCAAUGAAUGCCGAAAUGCUUGGAAUUAUGCAUUUACAUGCUGUAAUGACGGUUGGGAAGCUAGAAAAAAUUGUCGCCAAAAAUAUAAUCUAUUCAAACUCACGAGGAAUGUUCUUGACACCUACUAAUUUGGGAAAAUCUGAAAAAAUCACAACAUCAGAUAAAUUCCAAAUAGUACUCUCAGCUUUUUAAAGAAUAUGGCAGAAUUCAUCUGAUUUCCAGAAAUGUUUUGAAAAUUUUCCAAAUUGAUAGGUUAGACUCCUCUUGUAAGCAGACUUGUCAAAAAUCGGCUCGGCCCGGAUUUCAAAAGUUUGAAUAAUUUGGCUGAAAUAACAUUUGUUGAAAUUUUACUACUAAAUCCCUAUCAAGAAAGUUCACGACUGCCUAAAUUUUCAUUAGCGACAUUAGAACGUCGUGUUCCGGCCGAAUUUUUGUAUUGAAUUGCCAUAAUUGCCGAUGAUGAAGUGCGAAUGGACUAAAUUGCGUUAAUCGAAUCAAUUGUAAGUCACUUCAAACUGUUACUCCAGGAACGUCGAUUGGCACCGAAUGAUCGGCCUCUGGAAACGCUGCGCAAAUGGAGAGAACACGCCGCAAACGUCACAUUCCAAAUGCUUCGUGUCGAUCAGAACGACGAGAUUUGCCGUGAGUCUUUUUUCAAAUCGAAUCUAACCAGGGCUCGGCAAUUGGCCGGCCCUUGACCUGGACCUUUGAACCACUUGCAAUAUUCCGAUCGGACCCAAACUUUGCAGGAUUGUUGGACUUGGAUUGAGGGCCAUUUGGACCAAGUUUCAGCCCGACCAGAUCGUCGUGUCCCGAGAUAUGUGGAUCAUUUGCCGAUUGUUUCCAAAAGCCCGGGCUUCCGGCCAAUUUCGGCCAAUGAUCCACAUAUCUCGGGACCAGAUGAUCCGAUCGAGCUGAAACUUGGUCCCAGUAUGCUUCAACACAUGUCCGAGAAGCCUGCAAAGUUUGGCUUCGAUCGGAAUAUUGCAAGUGGUUCAAAAGUCCAGGUCAAGGGCCGGCCAAUUGCCCAGCCCUGAAUCCAACCAAAACCACAUGAGUUGAUGAUGCAAACCAGAUGGAUUCAGAGCAAGUGGACGAGCCGGCGGAGCCACUGAAGCCGUACAUCCAUCCGAAACAGACAUCGGCAAGCAGUAUGAUGACUUCGCUGCCAGGUACGUGACCGUCUUUUGUCUCUGCCGUGAUCAGAUCGGAAGGCACUGGUGAGUGUGGUGUGUAACAAGCAAUUCGGUCAAAUAGCCAUUCAUAAUGAAACACGGAGACCAUAACCGAUUUUUCAUGCGACUUGCUUGUAUCGCACGACCUUUACACUAUUAUUUGUUGUGGCCAUCUCGUUCACGUCUUCUCUAAUUCUCUUCAGCUUCCCCCUCCCCCUUUCUCGUACUGCAACAUAUUUUACACAACAAAAGCCAAUUAAGGAAGAAGUGCGUCGGGCCAACAGCUUGAAAAUGGACAAAGAAGCACUAGUUCGCUGCCAACUUACCCCAUCUCGGCAGGUGUCACUGGCACUCUCGGACGCAGCAACCGUCGGCCUCCGCCACCAGGUUAGAUCUACUAUUAUUCUGAUUUUCGUUCUUGUUCAAAAUAGGAUUACCAGUCUUGUAAACGCCUCACGGUCGCCUUAUGUAUCAAGGAAGUAGAAAGAAAAAUGUCGGCCAAGUAAAGGAAGUGAUGAUCAUCGCACUUCACAAUUUUUGCCUGUUUCCAAACUGACAACCUGAUAUUCCCUUUAUUUUAGGCCAAUUUUUUGUCGUCAUUUACUGAGAGAAGUCGAACGACUAAGAGAACGGUCGGAAACGGCGGCCCAAGAAAGUGCAAGCAAAUCAGUGUCAACAAAUGGGUCUUUUUUCGUUACAACCCUCCCACUCUAUUGACCGCUUCUUGUCAAAAACGUGUGUAAUUUGUUCGCCACUAUAACCUCCGCGGUCGCACGUACUCGCGUUUCAAAAUUAACUAUGACUAAGGCCAAAAAUCGAUUGGAUUUCGAGACGUUUUCCCAUUUACCCCACCCCUUUGGGGUGACAUUGUCGAAAUACCAUUUUCUCAGCCUAUAAAAACCGCCCGCUCGCCACUCAUUUUCUUUGGUCAGAGUACUGACUUUGCGGCGUGUAACUUCAUCUUCCGUCACUUUCUCUCUCUCUCUCUCUCUCUCUCUCUCUCUCUCUCUCUCUCUGUCUACCAAAAACUACGGUCAUUGUUCUUUUUUUAAAUGAAUCCUCCAUCCAAAAACACUUUUAAAAACAAUAGAAAUCCAGUGUCGUCAUCAAUUUUGAAAGUGAACCUUCAUGACUUGAUACAGAAACACAGGUUUUUGUAAAUGGGAGGUCGUCCAGAUUGAAAAAGAUGAAAUCACGCACGAGACGUGACCGGAUAGGACUACAUAGUAUAUAUAUGUAUAUUACAGACUAUAUGGUUAUUAUGGAAAAGAAGAAUCUCAUGAUGACCGCCACAGUGAUGCAGCGGGAGAAGGACGAGCUCGAGGAGUUCCAAAAGUGAGUAAAGCCAUGCGCCGACCGGCUUUAUCUAAUUCUUGUUCAUUUCAGAGCUGAUGUCAAAAAGCUUUCCGAGACGAUGACGGCUCAUGAGAUCGCCGAAUACCAAGCUCACGAAGAGGAGCUCCGUCAGCUCCUGAAGCAGCAGGUAACAAGAAGCAAGAAGUGCCAGCUCAGUUUGAACCUGUCUUUUUUCAGAAAAACUUGAGAACGAUUCUGAAGCCGAUAAUCGCCGCCAACUGGCCGCAGCAAUAUCAGCUCGAGUUGAAAAGAUCUCACAAGCUGAAGGCGUCGUUGGCUGCCACGAGAGAAGCCAUCAGCAAAACGAAAGAGUAAGUACUUUGUUGCGCUUUGAACCCUUGGAGUAGCCGGCAGUGAUUCGAAGAGGAAAAGACGUGACCGGAAAUCCACGUGACCAUCUAUCGUUGUCUCAUAAGGCCCGUGUUCGGCCGAUUGUCUGUGUCUCUCUUUCCGUCAUUUCUUAUCAAGGACACUCUCUCCUCUCUAAUUAUCCAUUUCUGCAAAUGAGGCUACAAAACGAGAAAGAUUGAUAGACUUAUAACGAGUAAAUGAAACGUUUUGCAGUGACAUCAAGCGCGUUGAAGCGACCGAGAAGGAUCUGAUGCUGAAGUUGGCGCUGUUCAAGAAGCAGGACGAGAACGGCGACGAGAACUCGGAGGUGAUCGAGUCGUCCAUCGAUUUGGGGUGUCCGUCGACCGGAAGUUCCACUCCACAGACUCUCAUCGCUUGA